AUUUUUCAUUGCAAAAUGAUAUUUUUGUAUGUUAAGUCAAGAAUUUCCAUCCAACCUUAUCACAUCAUCAUUAAAGAUGUAAUAAGCAAUAUGGCGUCUUGGCACGUGCCUGUUCAUGAUUCAGCAUCAGCUGGUCUGGAAGAAGAUCCAUUUGAUGAAAACCUUGAACUGACAUUUCCACCAAUGCGCUAUUCGCCUAUGUUUUAUAAUUCCCAACCACCUUUACCCUCCAAAGGUGGACAACGUUUGCGAAGAGAAAGCUCAAGAGAACGAGAUCGGUUGUAUCGUGAGCUUGUUGGCCAUGAACCAUAUAAGCCACCUUCAAAAGGUGAAUUGGCUGAUCAGGGGGAGAAGUUUUGUGUUCGACUCGAUGUUAAGCACUAUAGACCCGAUGAAAUCACUGUUAAAGUUGAUGGUCAAACGAUGACAAUCACUGGCAAGCAUCGAAACGAAAUUGAAAAUGGCUACGAGGCUUGUGAAUUUCAACGUAAAUACACCAUACCCGAACAUAUCGAUACUCACACUCUCACAUCCAACAUAUCACAAGAUGGAAUUCUUACUAUUGAAGCUGCGAAGAAGAUCUCUCUCAAAGAAGGUGAAACGGAAGACUCUGCGGAAAAGAAGAAUUACCACUUAUCUUUAGAUGUGUCUGGUUAUGCUCCAGAUGAAAUAAGCAUUCGUGUUAAUGGCAGAGAUUUGAUUAUUCGGGGUGAAGCUAAAGAUGAGCAUAAUAGCGAUCAUGGCAAAAGCAUCCAUCAUCGCCAUUUCACUUGGCAUUAUAACCUACCCAGUGAUAUAAAUGUAGAAGCACUGUCUUCUAGAUAUACCAAAGAUUCCAAGUUAGCUAUAGAAGCACCAAGAGGACAGCCUUUGAAGACAAGAACAUUGGAAAUCAUGAAGGAAUAGGAGGUGUGGAAUAAUCUUAUAGUUUUUAGUUUAUUUUUUUUAUGUAAUUUUAUUCUUGUAUAUCUACGUUUUGCAUUCUUCAUUUUUACAUUGAUGUUCCGACACAAAAAUAUAUAUUUUUACAUGUUUUAGUUUAGAUUUUAUACGUGGCAAUAAAUUUAUGUAAAUAA